GAUCGCCUCUUGUCUGAGAUCUCUGCCAUUUUUUUUAAAAUGGCUUCCCUUAGCCUGAGGGGCUCCAUUCGGAUCCACUGCCUGAAUAUGGGAACAUCGAAGUGGAAGGAAGGCAGCUGUGAAGUCGUGGAGAAAGAUAACAAAUACAGCCUCGUGGUGAAUUUCAAUGCUGGUGGCGUGCCUGCAAAAUUUCAGCUCCAUCAGAACAUUAAAAAUGUUGUUUUGCGGCCAGCCGGAGCGAAACAAAGCAGGUUAUUGGUUACGCUGAAAGAUACCAGUUCUCUCACGAUUGACAAGGUUCCAAGCAAAGAUGCUGAGGAGCUGAAACACUUUCUAGAGACCAUUACACAUGAAAAGGCUCAAACAGUAAAACCAGUCCAAGGGUCUGGAAGUUUUGGUGGCAUUCUGGGAAACAGAAGCACCCAGCGAGACAGCAACAGACCUUUAACUAACCUCCAAAGUCAGACUCCUACCAAAAGAGUGAGCUUUGACACCAAGGAAGAAACACCGGUAAAGAAGCAACUUACUAAUACUGGACGAAUACCUGGAAAAACUGCACUAAAUGGUAUGACGCCAAAUCGGGGUGGAAGUGCACCUGUAACAUCUACUCCACAUAGGACCGGACUAACCGAAACUAGCACCAAUAAGGCCUUAACAGAUCCCGGACGCAAAUUCCUAAAUAGCAGCCGAGAGAAACAGCUGAAUCUGAAGCAAGCGGAGGAAAAUCGUCCAGGAUUAAUGCCACUGCAGUCUUCAUCAUUUUACAGUAGCAGGUCAACUUCCAAGGAUUAUUCCACAGGAAACGCCUAUUCAGACAGGUCAUCUGGAUCUACCCAGCCUAAUGCUAAAAGAAGCUUGGUCCUCCCUUCUCAGCCCAGCCCUCUGUCUGUGAAGAAACUGAGACCCAAUCAGGACUACACAGGAUGGAACAAACCCCGGGUUUUCUCCAAUCACCCCCAACCUCAACAGUUACAAGGUUUUUCCAACUUGGGGAACACUUGCUACAUGAAUGCAAUCCUGCAGUCCCUGUUUUCUCUGCAGCCAUUUGCUAAUGAUCUGCUCAAGCAAGGUAUUCCAUACAAAAGGAUCCCGAUGAAUGCUUUAAUCAGACGCUUUGCCUUUUUGCUGGCCAAAAAGGAUGUCUGCAGCGCUGAAAUGAAGAAAGAUUUAUUGAAGAAGGUUAAGAGCGCCAUCUCUGCCACGGGCCGAGCGAUUUUCAGGCUACAUGCAGAAUGAUGCCCAUGAAUUCUUGAGCCAGUGCCUUGAUCAGCUAAAGGAAGAC